GGAUCUUCUCUUGUUCUAGUCUCUCAUUGUUGACUGAGUCACCCUUCGACUCAUCCACCAUCGCCGCUUUCCACCACCACUAAUUGACCAUCCCAUCAUCACCAUGGCUCCCUCCGCUGUCGAGACUCAGGAUGUUGACCUGACUGCCGCCGCCAUCCACAAGAAGGAAGCCGAGCCUGCCGUUGCCAACGGCCAUUCCAUUGCUCCCCUCGACGCCUCCAAGCUCACCUAUACCUACACCACCAACCCCCGCACCGUCCCCGACGAGGCGACCGCCCAUGCCGGCGAUGAGACCAUUGCGACCGACCACAUGGUCCUCGCCUCGUGGAAGGCCUCUACCGGCUGGAGCAACCCCGAGCUGAAGCCCUACGGCCCCCUCAGCCUCAUGCCCACCGCAUCGGUUCUGCACUACGCCACCGAGUGCUUCGAGGGCCUCAAGGUCUUCCGUGGCUACGACGGCAAGCUGCGCAUCUUCCGCCCGGACCGCAACGCCGCCCGUCUGCGAAUGUCCUCUGCCCGCAUCUCCCUUCCCGUCUUCGAACCCUCUGAGAUUGAAAAGCUCAUGAUUGCCCUCCUUUCUGUCGACGGAACCAAGUGGCUUCCCAAGGACCGGGCUGGCAGCUUCCUGUACAUCCGCCCGACCGUUAUCGGCACUGCUCCUCAACUCGGUGUUGGCGCACCCAAGCAGGCUCUCCUUUACAUCAUUGUCACCUUCAUGCCCCGCAUGGACGCACCCCCCGGCGGCAUGCGCCUGCACACCUCGCCCGAGGACAUGGUGCGCGCCUGGGUCGGUGGAUUUGGCUACGCCAAGGUUGGCGCCAACUAUGGCCCCUCGUUGCUGGCCACGGCCGAUGCUCGGAGCCGCGGGUUCCACCAGAUCUUGUGGCUGUACGGCCAGCAAGGCGAGUGUACCGAGGCCGGAGCCAGCAACUUCUUUGUGGUCUGGAAGCGAAAGGAUGGCAAGAAGGAAAUCAUCACUGCCCCUCUAGAUGACAAGCUGAUCCUGGAUGGCGUUACUCGAAGGAGCUGCCUUGAGCUGUUCCGGGAGAGGCUGGGUAGUGAUUAUGAGAUCACUGAGCGCAAGUACACCAUCGACGAGGUCAUUGAAGCUGAUGCUGAGGGCCGACUUCUCGAGUCCUUCGCUGCUGGCACUGCUUUCUUCAUCUGCCCUGUCUCGCAGAUCCACCACCGCGGCCAGAACAUCGACAUCCCCAUGGGCCCUGAGGCUACCCCCGGCGAGGUCACUACCAAGGUCAAGGGCUGGCUCGGCGACAUCAUGUACGGUCGCGUGCAACACAAGUGGGGUGUCGUCAUCCCUGAGAAGGAGUAAAUAUGGAACGAGACGAGGAAAAAACGCUGGUGGCCUAGAGGCUACCAACUUUGGAAGAUUCAUGGAACGGCGUUUGGGGCAUUGAACUCACAAAAGGGUCCGGGCAGUCUUUGCCGAAUUAAACUGACAUGGGCCACGAGUGGCCAAGUAGCUGCAGUAGUAAUGAGAUAUGAAAAUAGAGAAUUGCAGUUGAUUGUUUAUAGCAAUCAAGAUAUACU